AUGCAUUGGCGGCGGUUCACCGGGGUUAGCCCCUGGUGGGCCGUGGUCACUGUAUUUAACUGCACCUCCACAGGUACAGGCGGCCGCAACUGCACCUCCACAGGUCUGGCUCAGCUCUUUGAUUUUGAGCUUGCACUGCUCCAGGUUCCUGCUGUGGCCUUUCUCCGCAAGGCUGGGAGCAAGCCUGGGGCGGAGAUCCUGCUAGUUAUGGGGCAGAGAUCCUGGAGGCUGGACUCUUUCCACCAGAACUUGAUGAAGUCCAGGAUCUCUGUAGCAGUCCAGCUUGGAGCUCCUGUAGAAGCAGAAGGGCUGGAAGCCAUCGAAGUAUCUCAGGUGAUGUUGGGGCUGCUCAUGUCACGGAAUGCUGAUCACUCGCAGAGAGCAGUGGAGAUGCCAGAUCAGACAGGAAGCAGAAAGAGGAAACCACAGGCCGGAGUGAGCUCACCACAGCGGAGCGUAAAAGGCAACUCUUACAGGUCCGAGCCUUGGGUGGAAAUAUCGAUGGAAAACCAAACCACACUGACCGAAUUUGUUCUCCUGGGACUGUCCAGUGACCCGCUGGUGCAGAUUUUCCUCUUCCUGGUGUUUUUCGUGAUUUACCUUUUCACCCUGCUUACAAAUGGCCUCGUCAUGCUGACGAUCCAUCUUCCUGCUGAUUUUCACCUCCAUACCCCUAUGUAUUUCUUCCUCCUCCAGCUGUCCUUGGUGGAUACCUGUUAUUCCUCAGUCACGGUGCCCACACUGUUGUUAAACCUCCUGUCGGAGCACAAAACCAUUUCUGUCUGCGGCUGCAUUGCUCAGAUGUUCUGUAUCCACCUCUCGGCCGGUGCAGAAGUGUUCACUCUCUCGGCCAUGGCGUACGACCGUUACGCGGCCAUCUGUGACCCGUUGCGUUACGCGGAGACCAUGAAGAAAGGCAUCUGUGUUCUGCUGGGGGCUGGUGCUUGGUCCAUGGGCUUCUUCAAUGGCCUGAUCAACACCGUUUUUGCCCUCCAGUUGCAUUUCUGUGGCAACAAUCAAAUCCACCAUUUCACUUGCGAGUUCCCUCCACUGUUACAACUGUCCUGCACCUCGCCCCUCAGGAAGCAGCUGGUGCUUCUCAUUCCUGCGCUUGCGUUCGGACUCAGCUCCUUCCUCCUCAUCCUCAUCUCCUACGUGCAUAUCAUCUCCACCGUCCUGCGGAUGCGCUCUGUGGAGGGCCGGCGGAAAGCCUUCUCUACCUGCAGCUCCCACCUGACUGUGGUUGGCUUGUUCUACGUGACUGGUUUUAUCCAAUACACCAAACCCAGCUCCGUGUCCUCUGUGGUUCUGGAGGAAAUGGUCUCCAUCCACUACAGCAUCCUGACCCCCCUGUUAAACCCUGUCAUCUACAGCCUGCAAAACAAGGAGAUAAAAACAGCUCUGAGAAAAAUAUUGGGGAAACUCAGGUUCAGGUCUGGUGUUUAG